UAAGCUUUGUAUCAAAAACUAACACCAAUGUCAUGACAAGUGAGACAAGAAAAGAAGAAAAAUACUACCCAACUUUCAAAAUUUCACGAUUCCAUUUCUUUUUCUCUCUUUCCUUCACAUGAAUGAAUGCCCAAAUCAAUGGCUCCAAAGGAUCUCCUGCCCCUUCCCUUUCUUCAGCCGCUUCUGAUAACUCUGUUUGUCACAAUUUUCGCCUCCGAUGUCUAUUCCCAAUCAUCUGGUGUUAACCAACUUCCUUGCUUGAGGCGAAUCAACACUUGUACUUCUUUACUCUUCCAACACAACAAUCUCAGCAAAGAACAAAUCACCACUUUAUACUCUGUCAACACAUCACAGAUUAGCCCAAUUGUUGAUGGCAACAACCACAAACACUACUUAAUAACAGUGCCAUGUUCUUGCAAACAAGUGAAUAGCACGUCUGGGGUCGUUGAAGGCUAUUUUUAUAGCACAGUGUAUACAUUGCAGCCGAAUGACACGUUUGUGCACGUUUCUGAUGAUUUCUAUAGCGGGCAGGCUUGGAGGCACGGGGGAGAAGAAGGGUCUUAUCAAGCAGGAGAAGAAGUUCAAAUAGAUCUUUUGUGUGGAUGUGUGGAAAAUGAGUCUCAGAUUGUGGUGACUUACACAGUUCAGCUUCAUGAUACUGUAUCGGAUAUUGCAACUCUUCUAUCGGCUAGAAUAAGUGAGAUUGACAACCUUAACACAAUAGUGUCUAUGAAUCCAGGGUUUAUUGAUGUCGGUUGGGUAUUGUUUGUGCCCAUGGAGAAGAAUGGAAUUCCACUCCCGAAGGCCGGUUAGUAGGAACUUUGGUUCAAGCUUUAAUUGUUUUCUUUUCAUACAAAAAAGUGGCACAAGUGGACUAUAGUAAUUGGCAUACUAUCAGCUGUUGCAUUACUUUCAGCGUGCACACUAGCCAUGAUCUUCUUCAGGAGAAAAAUGUAUCGGAAAAACAGCAAAAAAAAUUCGAAAUUAGUAUCGAAAAGCUCAACUGCUAACAAAUUCUUCUCCUCGCAGAGCCAAUUCCUGCAUAAGGAAAAGAUGGAAGAUGUUCCUGUUUUUGAAUCAGAAAGACCAGUCAUAUACAGUCUCGAGGAGAUUGAAGCAGCCACAAAUUGUUUCGAUGAAACUAGGAAAAUCGGAGAGGGUGGAUACGGUAGCGUGUAUUUUGGGGUACUAGGAGAACAGGAAGUUGCGAUCAAGAAGAUGAGAUCUAACAAGUCCAAGGAGUUCUUUGCAGAGCUUAAGGUCUUGUGCAAGAUACAUCACAUUAAUGUAGUGGAGUUGUUGGGGUAUGCCAGUGGAGAUGACCACCUCUACUUGGUUUAUGAGUACAUUCAAAAUGGAUCUCUCAGUGAUCACCUUCAUGAUCCAUUACUCAAAGACCAUCAGCCACUUUCCUGGACUGCAAGAACACAGAUCGCGCUAGAUGCUGCGAAGGGUAUUGAAUAUAUUCAUGAUCACACUAAAGCACGGUACGUACACCGUGACAUAAAGACGAGUAACAUCUUACUCGAUGAAACGCUCAGAGCAAAGGUUGCAGAUUUUGGAUUGGCAAAGUUUGUUGGACGAACGAACGAGGAUGAUUUAAUUGCAACUCGGCUUGUUGGAACACCAGGAUACCUUCCUCCCGAAUCUGUGAAGGAGCUGCAAGUGACAACUAAGACCGAUGUUUUUGCAUUUGGAGUGGUUCUAGCAGAGCUCAUAACAGGUCAACGUGCCCUGAUCCGUGACAAUCGGGAGCCCAACAAAAUGAAAUCACUCAUCACUCUUGUAAACAAGAUUUUCCAAGAUAAGGUACCAGAGACUGCAUUGCUAUCCAUUAUAGAUGGCAAUCUUAAAGGAAGCUACCACAUGGAGGAUGUAUACAAGAUGGCAGAGCUAGCAGACUGGUGCAUAAGUGAAGAUGCAAUCAAUAGACCAGAGAUGAGAGAGAUAGUUGUGGCAUUGUCUCAAAUUUUGGUUUCCUCAGUUGAGUGGGAAGCAUCACUAGGAGGAGACAGCCAUGUUUUUAGUGGAGUCUUUAGUGGAAGAUGAAAAUCUUUGGUUCUUGAUCAUGUAAUUUUAAUUUUUUUAGGGACACAAAGAAGAGGUGGUGGUGGUGUGAUUGAUGGGCACUAUGUGAGGUGUCUAUUGAUACCAGAAUAAUUUAUCAUCUGUGUAUGUAUGAUUCAUAUUCAAGACUAUGAAGAUUUAAGAGCUUUAGAACCCAAAAAAAAAAAGAG